UGGUCGUGAAGGGCAUCGGCGGCGGCGGCGGCUGUGAGAGCAGAGAUGAUCUGAAGAUGGAAAGAGCCAGGCGAAGGGGAGGCGGCGGUGGCGGCGGCGGCCGCGGCCGUGGAGGCAAGAAUAUAGGGGGCCCUGGCCUAAGCAAGACUAGACUCUAUCCCCAGGCCCAGCACUCUCACUACCCCCACUACGCCACUUCGGCCACCCCUAAUCAGGCUGGGGGCGCAGCCGAGAUCCAGGAGCUGGCCUCCAAACGAGUGGACAUCCAGAAAAAGAGGUUUUACCUAGACGUGAAGCAAAGCUCCCGGGGCCGGUUCCUAAAGAUAGCCGAAGUCUGGAUAGGAAGAGGCCGGCAGGACAAUAUCAGAAAGAGUAAACUGACCCUCUCCCUGUCUGUGGCAGCAGAGCUGAAGGACUGUCUAGGGGACUUCAUUGAGCACUAUGCCCACCUGGGCCUGAAAGGCCACAGGCCAGAGCAUGGCCACAGCAAAGAGCAAGUCCCCUCCCGAAGGAGGCAGAAGCACUCAGCACCCUCCCCACCAGUCUCCGUGGGGUCAGAAGAGCAUCCACACAGUGUCCUCAAAACAGACUAUAUAGAGAGGGACAACAGGAAAUACUACCUAGACCUGAAAGAGAAUCAACGAGGUCGCUUCCUGAGGAUUAGACAAACCAUGAUGCGAGGGACUGGCAUGAUAGGUUAUUUUGGCCACAGUUUGGGUCAAGAACAGACUAUAGUCCUCCCUGCACAAGGAAUGAUUGAGUUUCGAGAUGCCUUGGUUCAGCUGAUUGAAGACUAUGGCGAAGGAGAUAUAGAAGAAAGAAGAGGUGGAGAUGAUGACCCAGUUGAACUCCCAGAGGGGACCUCUUUCAGAGUGGACAAUAAAAGGUUCUACUUUGAUGUGGGCUCUAAUAAAUAUGGAAUUUUCCUGAAGGUAAGUGAGGUGAGGCCACCUUACCGUAAUACUAUUACUGUUCCAUUCAAAGCUUGGACAAGGUUUGGGGAGAAUUUUAUCAAGUAUGAAGAAGAGAUGAGGAAAAUUUGCAACAGCCAUAAAGAAAAGAGAAUGGAUGGCAGAAGGGCCAGUGGUGAAGAACAAGAAUGCCUCGACUAGAGUGAAAUUGAACUCCAGGCAAAAUUUAUAAUCCUAAAUUGGCUAAAAGUACUGAUCGAUUAUCAUUUGAAGAAAAUUUCCUCUUUUGGCCCUACAUUAUUAGUAAUACUUUUAGUAGUUUAUAAUUCAAGAAGUCUGAUUCCCAUAUUAUGUUACACAUAGCUCACUAUAAUUCUCAUGGGAAUUCCAACCUUCCCAGAGCUAAAUAGUUUAGAUGCUUCAACUGCUCCAGACUAUUGAAGUAUGCAAAUCAGCACAAAAUGUGACAUUCUGACCUUUUCAAUAUCAUAACAUUGCACUAUGAAAUAAUCUUGAAAAAAAGAUACAUACAUACUUAAUAUGGAAGAGUGAAUUUCUAUUUUAACAAAUUCCCCAGAAAAGUACUCCAUUUCUACUUCAUUCAGUCAGCUAAGCAUACCUGUAGGACAGUUACCACAGAAAUUAACCUUAUUAUAAGUAUGUAUUUAUAAAAGUACAAGGAGAAAUACAUUGUCUAUUGGGUAACUUUUAAAGAGUGCCACUAACAGAUCAAAUAUUAUUAGAUAACUAACCAUUCAAAAUGCAGUAUCAAAAUAUUUCUUAAGAAUUACUAUAGUAUUCUAUAAUUUCAAAGUUUGUGGUAACCCUACAGUUUAUAGUUGUGGUAUCAAAGCCAUGGGAAAGUUUUCAUUGGUUAUCCUAAGCUGGUUACCUCUGUUGUACCAUAUGGUUUUAUUGACUUUACAAAGUUUCAGGAAUUACAUUGACAUCACAUUUGAGGGGAAGGCUUCAUCCAAUGGCUUUCCUAUGGAAAUCUUGGUAUUUCAGCAUAUUGUGUUAAUUUGGAGCUUGUGAUAGGUUUUUCCCUAAAAAUAUCAUGGUCUCAAGGUAUUAU